ACAUUUUUGCUGUGCUUGUAUUGUUCUAACUUUCACGUGAAUGGUUAAUGCAACUUGAUGUUUGUUUCCUUGGGCUUUACUUUUUUCUUUUUUUCACAAAUUGAUUUAUUUGACUGCAAUAUUAUUUGUUGUAGUUCUUUGUUUUUCUAGUCUCAAAGUUCUUGUUUUACUAUUUAUGUAAACUGGUUUCAAAAUGUUUAUUUUCUCUUUCUUUCAGUGGACUGUCCACAUCCCAACUGCACAGGUCAUGGUUACUGCACAUCUGAAGGAAUUUGUCUCUGCAAACGUGGUUGGAAGGGGGCUGAUUGUUCUGUUACUGACAGUGAUGCUCUUCAAUGCCUUCCAAACUGCUCCGGUCAUGGCUCUUUUGACUUAGAAACACAGACUUGUACUUGUGAACGAAUGUGGUCAGGAGAUGACUGUUCGAAAGAAUUGUGUGAUAAGGACUGUGGACCACAUGGUCACUGUAUGCGAUUCUGGAUGGUCAGGAGAAUAUUGUAUGCUUAAACAGUGUGAUCAGAGGUGCAAUGAACAUGGUCAAUGUAAAAAUGGAACUUGCCUCUGUGUCACUGGCUGGAAUGGUAAGCACUGUACGAUGGAAGGCUGUCCAAAAGGUUGCACUGGUCAUGGCCAAUGUCGAGUCAAUGGAGAGGGCUUAUGGGAAUGUCGUUGCUAUGAAGGCUGGGAUGGGAAAGACUGCAGUGUACCUCUUGAGCAAAGUUGUUCUGACCAGCGAGAUAAUGAUAAAGACAAUCUUAUAGAUUGUCAAGAUCCUGAAUGUUGUACGAACCCUCAGUGCAGGUCGUCUCAGUUAUGUAUUACUUCCCCUAAACCAAUUGACAUUUUGCUUCGGAAACAACCUCUAGCCAUUACAGCAUCAUUCUUUGAACGCAUGAAGUUUCUUAUUGAGGAAGGGAGUUUACAGCGAUAUGCCAAGCAAGAGGCCUUAAAUGAAAG